CAUGGCAAAAUUCUGCUUUGAAUGUAGAAAAAAAAUUAAUAAACUAAAACAAGGAACAUGUUCUCAUUGUUCUCACAAACUUCAUUGGACAUGCUUAUCAGAUGGAUUAUGCUCCAUUUGCUCAUCUAUUCAAAUCAGAAGUUUGAAAAUUGUUUUGAGAAGGUGUGAUAAUAGUUGUACAAUCAAAGAUGCAACUAAAGAAUCUACUAUUGAGGGAAAUAUUAAAGAGCCAAUAAAAAAUGCUGUAGAGAAAGAUAAGACAUUAGCAAACAUUACGGUUACUUCUAUGGAUGUUGAUCAUGAACAAGUUGUUUCUCAUUUCUCAGCAGAUGCUAUUGAAGCAAAUGAGCUACCUUUAAAAGACAUGAACACAGAUGAAAUCAACUGUGCUGCAUCAACUAUGGAGGCAACUUUGGAUGAUGAGAGAAUACCAACUGUUGAAGAUGUUGAGGAUUCCUUUGAAAGUUUACCAGAGGAGAUUGAUGAGGCAGAUGGUCAUUUCAAAACACUAAAUGAACUUUUGGAAUACAAAACACCAAAGAAAAUUGUUCUGGACUAUGAAAGAGCAGUAUGGAAAGCUGCAUUAGACAAUUGGGAAAGUGUUACACUAACAGGCUGUUUAUUCCAUUGGAAUCAAGCUGUUUACAGAAAAAUUCAGGAACUUGGAUAUUCAUCAGACUUUAAAAAAAAAAGAGGACAGUGGUUUGAAAUGAGGCAGCUUAUGGCAUUACCAUUUCUUCCAUUUCACAUAAUUCCAAUAGAAUUUGGAAGAAUUAAGGAUUACCUUCAAUCAGUAAAAAAACUAGGGCUUGAUUCUGGUAGUUCGGUACCAUCUACCCUAGAGGCAACAUCUACUCUACUACUUCUAGCAUCAUGUGUUCUAGGCGACUUCUGUCAUAGUCCUGGGCGACUUCUAUCACAGUUCUGGGCGACUUCUGUCACAGCUCUGGGCGACUUCUAUCAAUUUCUGGGCGACUUCUGUCCUGGGCGACUUCUGCCCUGGGCGACUUCUGUUGUUCCCGUUAAUUUUUUAUGUAUGUAG